AUGCAGACCGGGGCAGCCAAUGCUUACAAAGGGCUCCUGGGAAACAUCGCGGAAAUUUGGAUGGACGACCUCUUCACCAGCUCCAGCACGUUCGAGGAUCAUAUCAAGAACUUAGGCGACCUCGCGGACAGAGCGAUCCAAGCCGGGCUUCGUUGGUCUCCGGCGAAAACGAAGUUGUUCAUGUCCGAGGCGAAAAUAGGAGGACAACUCGUCAGUAUAGAAGGAGUGCGUCCAGACCCAGAAAAGGUCGACGCUAUCGUCCAUCUAGCCGUCCCUUCUACAGCCAUGCAAGCUCUGUCGUUCGUG